AUGAUUAUUCAUGAUAAGAAAGAGGAGACAAAACUUCCUCCUAAGAAAUCUGGAUCGAGAAAAGUAGCUCCUGCUCCUUAUCCUGUUAAGAAAAAGGAUACGAGCAAAAGUGCUAAGAAUCCUUUAUUAGAGAAGAGACCUAGAAAUUUCGGAAUUGGCCAAGAUAUCCAACCUAAAAGAGACUUGACCCGCUUCGUUAAAUGGCCCAAGUAUGUUCGUCUUCAAAGACAAAAAAGGAUUCUUAAUCAACGUCUUAAGGUGCCACCGGCAAUUAAUCAAUUCACCAAAGCAUUGGACAAAACCACCGCGAUCAAUGCCUUCAAACUUCUCAACAAAUAUCGCCCUGAAACCAAAGUUGAGAAAAAAGAGCGACUCUUAGAACAAGCGAAAUGUAAAUCCGAAGGUAAAAAGUAUGAACCGAAAAAACCUUUUGUAGUUAAAUAUGGCAUUAAUCACAUUACUGCAUUGGUUGAAGCUAAGAAAGCCAGUUUGGUUUUGAUCGCUCAUGAUGUUGAUCCGAUUGAAAUUGUUUUGUGGUUGCCCGCUUUGUGCAGAAAGAUGGGAGUACCUUACGCUAUCAUUAAAGGGAAAGCCAGGUUGGGUGCCGUGGUUCAUAAAAAGAAUGUCACGGCCCUGGCAUUUGUUGAUAUUAAAGAUGAAGAUAAAACUGCUUUUACUAAUUUGAUUAGCACUAUUAAGGUUAAUUAUAAUGAUAAAUAUGAAGAAAUUAAGAAGCAAUGGGGUGGAGGGAUUAUGGGCGUUAAAUCUCAAGCCAUGAUGGUUAAACGUGAAAAGGCAUCUGGUAGAGAAAUAAAACCCGUUAUUUAG